ACUCCCCAUAACUCGACCUCGCGAGGCGGCGAGCUUGAACACAACACAGCGACAUCCCUCCCACAGGUGUAGUGUUCCUCCCUCCACCCGCCGUCUCCACCCAUCUCACUUCCUCCUCCCCUGAGCGAGAUGGUUAUUGAAACCAGACUGCCGUCACGUGAACCCCGGAGCGGCGUGGUCUCUCUUCAGGCCGUUAAGGUAAACGCUUCCAGUCUCACAGAAACUCUGCCUUUUGUUCUCCGGCUGCACAACUCGUUUUUUUUUCUUCUCGGUUUUCUUUAAAAAACUGUGCGAGUGAUUGUCGUGGCGAGCUGGCGUAUCUUUGCUUUUGGACGUAUGUGGACGCGCCUUCCUUCUUUACCUGUUGUGCCACGCAGGAUGCAGCUGCCCUCGUCUGCAGGGAAGCGCUUUUUCUCAGCGUCGACACAAACAUCCUGGAACCGUCGGCCGCAAGAAAAAACAUGAGGGUGCAGACCUUCUCCAGAGCACAGAUCUUGCAGGAGUUCCGUCUGCGAUGCCAAACGCUCUCAGCCAACAACAACAGAGGCCUCAAGCAGGAGUUCGAGGAGCUCGAGGUCGUCGGCAAAGACCUCCCUGCCAGAGCGGGCGACUCGGGGCCCAACAGAGAGAAGAACAGAUACCCCUACAUCUUACCAUAUGACCACUGUCGCGUGAGGCUGUCGCUUCAGGGCUCCCAACCCAACUCCGACUACAUCAACGCAAACUUCGUGCCGGGCGGCGGGUCGGAGAGGGACUUCAUCUGCACGCAGGGACCCCUGCACAACACCGUGGCUGACUUCUGGAGGAUGGUGUGGGAGCAGAACGUCAGGAUAAUCGUCAUGGUGACGGCGCUGAGACAAAAGGACCAGGUGAUGUGUGAGAAGUAUUGGCCUCUGGACCGCGGGACGGUCCAUCACGGGCUGAUCCAAGUGACCACAGUGACCCGCAAACAAGGUCCGGAUUAUUUCAUCACCACCAUUAACCUCAGACAGAGAGAUCAUCCAACAGACCGGACCGUCACACACUACUACUACCCGACCUGGCCGGACCAGGGCGUCCCCAAAGACCUGCCCUCGCUCGUCGCCUUCGCCGAGCAAGUGCGGCUGGAGCUGGAAGCGACCCCUCCCCUGGGGCCGGCCGUGGUGCACUGCAGUGCAGGCGUGGGGCGCUCAGGGACGUUCGUGGCGCUGUUGUGGCUGAUGCAGCUGUGUGCCAGGGGCAUCCCGCCCAACGUCCGGGCCGCCGUGCAGGAUCUACGGCUCCAUCGGAUGUGGAUGGUGCAGAACCUGGAGCAGUACCUGCUCGUUUAUCAGUGUCUGCUGAACUGGCUCAGCGGAGGAGCCUCCGCCCGCAGGUCAGUGACUCCGGGCGCGAGUUCGAGCACCAACCAGCACGCUGAAGACCAGCCCCACCGCUCCUCGGGCCGGAGGCGGAGGAGGAGGAGCAGGAGCAGUAGACCCCCGCCCCCUGAACAGCAGAGCACCGCGCAGCACGCCCUUCACCCCGGGAAGCUGCUGAGGAGGCUGCUGCCCUCCUGGUUCAAUCACUCCCCCUGAAGCCACCGGGGGGGGGAGGAGCGACUCCCGAAAACGAGCACAGCUCCGGGCUGCAGGAGGGGCCGGUGUGCGAGCCCUCACACGGCAGCUGAGGGGGAAGAGACGCUGUGGGGAAACUGGCCCGACAAGAUGCAAACAAAUACCCGUCGACGAAACCGCCGAUGCAGCAAUUUGCAUUGAAGCCAGAGUAAAAAAAAAAGAAAAAAAAAGGAGAAAACAACACAAAGGAAGCAGCCGGCCCGUCAGGCCGAGCCGGUUCCUCUGCUGGGAAACUGUGACCUUGACGACACGAUGGCCCCCUGUGCACGCACUUAAAUACCAUUCAUUCUUUUUGUAUCUCGGUUGGCCUCCACUAUUGACGUAUUGAUGCUGCGACAUGACUUUAUAUUCAGAUUUUCUUUUAUAUCUUUUCAUCUCUCGCUUUACUUUCGUAAAGGAUAGAAAAGGCAGACGCGGGGCGGCUGUACAAAAAAGGUCAUAUUUCAUAAACACACAGGCACUGCCGUUCUCCUUCAGACGAGCCAUUAAGUCCACCAAGGAGCGACGAGUAUUACACAACAUAAAAGGGCUGACCCA